AUGUCUCGAAACGAAAAACAAGCCUCUCCUCCACCGUACUCAGAGUACAGCUCACCAGGGUCCACACGAGGUCAGACCAUCCUCGAUCAGUUAAGCACAACCCGCACACACCACAUUCAAUCCGUGAUCGAAAGGCACGUCAUUCCUCUAAUCGAAGAACGCGCUACCUACGGCAUCGCCCAAACAACCAUCGCCAUGCUCCCCUCCGAUAUACCUUUGCCCGCAGUGGAAGAGAAGUCUGAAUACAGCUUCGACACUUCCGACUCCAAACCGGUAGAAGUAGUUGGUUUCUCAUCAGAAGACGAGCCGAAAGUCGUGCGGUUAGAAGGCCAAAUGAAUCGGACAGAGUUUUGGAGACCGCAAGUUGUGAUUGUAGAGUUGGAGCGUAUGCUAAGCGAAAACCUGAAUGCGAGCCCGGUUCUCAGGAGUCCCAGAGGGCAUGGAAGAAGUGAAGCGGAUAGUGCACAAAGGCAUUCGAGGAGAGGGUUUCUCAGUAGGGUUAUGCCAUCGUUAGGGCCAGAGCUGCGCUCACCGAGCGGAAAUCCCGAGGUUGGCGUGAAACAAUUGGAUCAAGUAAGAAUGGUCGUGGUAAAAGCUAGAUUGGAGGAGAUUUGUCUGAGGACUGUAAGCGAGUUUGGCUUGUACGAUACAAUGUCGAAGCAGUGCGUCAUCAUUCGGGUAGAUGCACGGUGUUGA